GGCUGUUUAGGAUGUAACGCCUCCCUCCCUCCACCCCUCUGAUCCUCUUAUCUACAAGCAGGCGGCCAAGAUGGAUGUUGUGAACCAGUUGGUGGCCACCGGGCAGUUCACCAUAAUCAAACAGCCUUUAGGAUUUAUGAAAAUCCUACAAUGGAUCUUUGCUAUCUUUGCUUUCUCGACAUGCGGCAGCUACUCUGGCAUGUUCAAGAUGAGUGUGGAGUGUAAAAACCGGUCAGAGAGUGACCUGAGCAUUGAGGUGAAGUUUGAGUAUCCAUUCAGGCUACAUCAGGUGUACUUCGAUGCCCCAACCUGUAAGGGGGAAAGCCCUGAGCGUCUGUUCCUGAUCGGAGACUACUCCUCCUCAGCUGAGUUCUUUGUCACCGUCGGUGUCUUCUCCUUCCUCUACUCCAUGGCAGCCCUUUCUGUGUACGUUUUCAUUCUGGAGAAAUACCGUGAAGGCUGCAAGGGAGCCCAGAUUGACUUCGUCGUGACGUCUGUGUUCACCUUCUUCUGGCUGGUGGCUUCUUCUGCCUGGGCUAAAGGUCUGUCGGAUGUGAAGGCAGCCACUGACCCAGACAAGGUCGUCUUACUGAUCGAGGCCUGCGACGAACCGGAGAACCGCUGCCGUGAAGUCCACGACCCCGUGGUCUCUGGUCUCAACACAUCUGUGGCUUUUGGCUUCCUGAACCUGAUCCUGUGGGGAGGAAACCUGUGGUUUGUGUUCAAGGAGACCGGCUGGAUGGCAGCCUUCGGAGGCACAUAUGCACCUUCCCAGGAGAAGGCGCCUGCUCCAGAGUCCUUUGGCCAGGAAGGCUAUGGGCAAGAGGGCUACGCACAGCAGGGGGACGCCUAUGCCGGCACCCAGGGAGGCUACCAGCCCGACUAUGGCCAGGGCGGCUACACCGAGGGAGGCGGAGACUAUCAGCAGGGGGGAUACGAACAACAGCCCACCUCCUUCGCCAAUCAAAUGUGAGCUGGUCCACCCUACAGCAGCUGGAAGAUGGGCCACCAUGUGAUUUGGGUGUGUGGUGCCUGACCACCAUCCACAAUUCCACACUCCUCUGUUUGUCUGUUUGUGCAUCUGUGAGUUGACAAGAGGAGGGAGGGAGGGAUGGAAGAAGGUGGGGUCUUGGGAGGGGAAUUUAGCAACACCGUGUCCAUUUGGGUUAUUUUGGUGAGGGGGAAAUGGGUCCUUACUGUAACAUGCUGUUUCUUCUGUUGAUGUGUUUAACUCUAGAAGACAACAGGGGAUUGUCCGUUUGAUCAUAUGAGGAAAAACUUGAAUACAAUAUUUUAGAAAACUACAAAGAUCUAUCUUAUAUGGGAAUAACACUUAAAUGAAGGACAAUAAUGGUAGUAAUAUUUAACUUGGGAGAAUGUAUUUGUCUGUGCUGUGUAAAUAUCAACAUAUUAAUAUAUAAAUAUAUGUACACAGUUGAAUAAUUGUGUGCUCCAUAUUAGUUGUUAUACAACAGAUGUAGAGCACAGAGUUAUUCAAUUGUAUUUACUUCAGUUCUGUUUAGGUCACAGUUCAACCCUCGUCGUUCUCUAAUAUUUAUGUUGUGUGUUUAUUUUAUUUAUAUCCUUUAUUAUAUCCUUUUUUCCCCUCAAUUUUUAUGUUUUUGUUUCUUCGUUUUCAGAAUAGAGUUCCAUCUUUUCUAUUUUCUCACUGUGCUUUUUUAUUUGUUCAACAUUACUGAGUGAGUUUGAAGGGAUAGAGCGGAAUAGACGUGAUGGCAAAGGAUGAAGCCAAAAAAGAAAGCAAAAAGAACGAUGAAUUCAGAGAGCGAGUAGAGAAGAAUGAGAGAUGUGUUAGCAGUGAUUUAUGUGUUUAACAUAGGUUACAUUCAUUACAACUUGUGUUCAUUGUCUUUUAUAUUUUUCAUCGAAAUAUUACUCAAGCAAUGACUUACAGUCGUAUGAAAAAGUUUGGGCACCCCUGACAAUUUCCAUGAUUUCCAUUUAUAAAUAAUUGGGUGUUUGGAUCAGCAAUUUCAUUUUGAUCUCUCAAAUAACUGAUGGACACAGUAAUAUUUCAGUAGUGAAAUUAGGUUCAUUGGAUUAACAGAACAUGUUCAAUAUGCAUCAAAAUGGUGCAUAGAUUUGGGCACCCCAACAGAAAAAUCACAUCAAUAUAUAGUAGAGCCUCCUUUUGCUAAAAUAACAGCCUCUAGACGCUUCCUAUAGCCUCUAAUGAGUGUCUGGAUUCUGGAUGAAGGUAUUUUGGAACAUUCCUCCUUACAAAACAUCUCCACUUCAGUUAGGUUUGAUGGUUGCCGAGCAUGGACAGCCCGCUUCAAAUCAUCCCACAGAUUCUCA